UAUUCCUGAUUCUGUACGAAUUAUCAUUUGUUUUCAAGCUAUGGUUCGUACUUGCAUUGUUUGUCAUGUAUCCUCUAAAGAUAAUACAGGCAACGUAUCAUUUCAUUUAUUUCCGAAAAAUGAAGUAAAGAGGCUUAAAUGGUGUGAUGCCUUGGGUUUAUCAAUGGCUACACCUAACCAAUCAGUAUGUAGUAAUCAUUUUGGUCAAGACUGCUAUAAUUUUAGUCUUAAUAGAAAGAUACUUAAAACAUUAACUGUUCCAUCACUUUCAUUUGAAAGUAUACCAGAACUAGAUCUAUCAUUGAUAUCGCCCAUUCCUUCUACAUCUAGAACUAUGCAUAAACACUCUUUGAGUCCAAAUGAUUAUUUAUAUUCAACUCCUAAGAAAAAAACAAAAGAAGAUUCAUCCCAUGAGCGUUUUCCAAAUAUGUGUCUUAAGAAAAAGAAAGUAUAUAACACUAGUCGAAUUGGCAAUCUUACUUCUUUUGAUUUUGGAACUCCAAGAUGGUCAUCAAGAAAUUUAAAAAUUGUAAAAAAGACAGUUCAAAACUUGAGGAGGAAAAACAAAAUUAUAAAUCAAAAAAACAGACGUUUAGAAAAUAAAAUUACAUCAUUAAAUGACAUGUUAUCUGUUUUAAAACAAAAAUCUUUAUUAACUGAUUUUACAGCUGAUAAUAUGAAGGUAUCAAUACAAAUAAUUGUAAUUAAUUAAAUGUUUGGGCAGUAGAGUGUAAAAAUAAUAUUAUUUGUAUGUUGUUGUGUUGCAUGAAA